AUGUCAAACUCCCAGGAACAGAGUCUGAAUAAAGACAUGAUAUUUCUGCCGGUGUCUGAGUCCAGCCCGGAGUACCUUCACUGCGAGAGGGAGCGCUAUGCGCUAGAACGCCUGCUGAGUGCGGGCCCCGAGGCCUUCUACACCACGCUGAGUGCAGAGCACCUCGUCCCCUUCCUCUCCCCAGAGGAGGUGAACCAGAUCAGUGGCAGGGUCAAGGACUACCAUAGCAGCUAUGAGGAGUUGGAGGGGGCUGAGGAGGGUGGCAGCUCAGGUGUGCAAGACUUCUCCGCCAGGUACUUCCCCACCCACUCAGACACCCCUGCACCUUGCCUGGAGCUGGGCUGGCCUGAGGGGGCCACCUGGGUGGGAAUGGGACGUGCCGUGGUCUAUACCAGCCCACCUGCAGAUGAACAACCUCCUGUCAGAGAGAUCAUCAGAAGACUCCUGCAGGGGGCUAGCAAGGUUAUUGCCAUGGUGACAGACAGACUGACAGAUAGCACUGUGAUUGGGGAUCUACGCACUAUCGCUUCACGGGGAGUCCCUGUUUACAUCAUCCUGAACCAGAGAUCCAGCCAGGAGAACCUCCCCCAUCACAGGCUGAGGCAUCCGAAUAUACAGGUUCGUGUUCUUGGAGGAAAGACCUUCUGUUCGCGGGAGGGAAAGAUAGUGAUGGGGGAAUUGAAGGACAACUUCCUCCUGGUGGAUUUGGAGACAGUGGUUAAUGGCAGCUACAGCUUCACAUGGUCAGACGCCCACCUGCAUCGGCAGCUGGUGACGGUGCUGAGUGGCCCGGUGGUGGAAUCCUUCGACCGAGAGUUCCGGAUCCUCUUUGCAGCCUCACUUCCAGUUCCAGACACAUGGAAGACCGCCAAAGCCCCAAUAGACGAGCCCCAUCACCACUCAGUGCUCCUGGACCUCAACAACCGGCCCAAGUAUUUCCCCAUGGAGCCUAUCAACAGCCCCACUCCUCCCCCUGCAGACUACACCCUGGAUUGGGAGGCCCUGGGCGUCAUCCACAGAGGAAGUCCUGUCAAUCAACAAGGUGAACCCAUGGACAUGAAUAUGAACAUGGAGGAACCAUUGCAACAUUUUACAGCAGUGAACAAAAAGCCACCUUUUGGGGAGGAGUUUUGUCUGAAGGACGUUGAUCACCUCACAACUACGCAUGUAUAUGAGGGGAGUGGAGCUUUACCCUCUCAGGAAGAGAACCAGCCAUCCACUGAAACAGAAACCCAACACAGGAUACAACCCAAAACAUAUGGCAUACACCUCUCCAAACAGAGGAGCUCUGGGGUUGAUGAGAAAGAGUCUGUGUGGCCCAGCCAAAACAAAAUGGAGACAGGCCCACGAGAAGAAGCUGUGGGCUUUCCCUCCAGAGAGAGAGGAGAUCGUUCAACUAGAAGGGAAGAUGUUAUGGCAGAGGAGUUAGGCACAGAGGCAACUGAAUCUAGAGUCAACUCUGGUGCUGAUAGCCCCUCUACAUCUAGGAGACCUCUGAUAUUGAAGGUGCCUCAAAGGGAAAGCUUCAGCUCUUUGAGUGACAUCAUGAGGAGGCUGCAGCCUCAUCAGAGCUCUUCAACCCAGCUAAGGAGGGGUGCUAAGACCAUCGUGUCAGAACUCAGCAGUUCCAUGAUGGGCCUGAGUGUGAUGCAUACAGACCCAGGCUUUAAAGAGAAGGGACCAUCAGUGCCACAAGCCAGUUACUUUGACCCUUUUCGGAUGACCCCAGCCUUCGCCCUGAUGAGGAAGAGGAAUGAUGAGUUUAAAACGGGGAUCCUUAGGCCUCCCAAAACCUUUCUGCCUCCUACCACCAGGCCUCGCAGUGGCAGCGUUGGACUCCAGAGGGACUGGAGAAGGCCACCGAGUGACUGGGAUCUAGGGAAGGAGGAUAGAAAGUGAUUGAGUGAAAAGGAUGGAAGAGAACGGGGAAAUGUCACUAUGCGAAUGACACAGACAGUGGUAGCUGCAUUGAGAGCAGAGUCUAGUGUUGAAUCACACGGACAAACUGGAUGUGCAACUUCAGUGAAAAUGGUUACUGUAUUUACCUGGAAGAUGAAGCAGGGAAGCCAUCUGUUAAUGACAGCAGUUUGAAAUGUAUUGUAAUGUAU